AGGGCGCUGUUGAGCUGCACUUCCCUCGACUAACAGAGCUGCUGUAAUCGUGUCAUUCUGACAGCUACACUGUCAGCUGAAGUAAUACAUCUUAUUUAUACAGCAAACCAAAAACAAAUGUCGGGAGGCGUGAGAAAGAGGUUCGCUGUAGGUCACAUUCGUCUGUUAGUGUGGUAAAGGUUAUUUAGCGGCAGCGCUAGCUGGCUAAAGUAGCUCAGAACUGCUUUGUUUACAUUGCUAGUUCAAUUCAAGCAGCUUUCAUAGAGGGUUUAUAGCAGCAUAUAAACGCUGUUAGACUGUCAGAGACACAAUCUCAGCGGCCUGGCGCAUCAUAGGUGCUCAAUUUGACCCUCAUUUGGCUAAAACAAGUUGUAUUUGUGCCAGUGCUUCAUUAAACAUCAGUAUGGGGAUGUGUUUGCCCUGUCUGAGUGGAGCUGAGGAUGAUGCAGCAGUCACACCAGACCCCGAGACGAGGAGAAGACAGCUAGCGGAGGCUGCAGAGAAGAGACAGAAAGAGACCACCUGCAGAGGUAUCAAAAACCCAGAAGCUUUGGAGAGGAAAAAGAAGAAACUAGAAGAGACAGAGAAACAGAGCAUGACCUCUGCAGCUUCUGGAGGCGGUGGGCUGAAGUGGCAGGUUGGCUAACACAGGCUGAAGGGAAGAUCGCUGAUGUGUCCACUUCGGGGGUCAACCUUCAUCCACACUGACUUGAGAGAUUCUUAAAAGUCUUCAGUCUUUCAGUUCUGAUUUUGAAGUGUACACUAGCUAGGGGAGUUUGCAUAGACUCUAGAUUUUUUGCCAAGCUCCUGCACAAAACUCCUCAUCCUCCAGGCCUUCUGAUUGGCCAGAGGGCAUUCAGGCCACACCCCUUUAAAUGCCAAGAUGGGCUAGCUAGAGGGUUUAUGGGUCUUUAACAAUUCAUGUUUUGUUUUGUUUUGUUUUAUCCCCUUCAACCUGUUCAGUUUGUGUUCAUGCAUCAUUUCACGCAGCUUUUGUACCGAUGUGCUUUCUAUUUUUAACAAUAAUAGAAUCCUCAAAUCUGAAUGUCACUUUAAUACCAAUUUAUACAACUGAAAAGCAUCUUUUAUAUUGAAUUUUGGAUAAUACAUAUAUAGCCAUUUAUAUUUAUGCAUCAGUUACCAGUGCAUUUUGCGAUUGGGCAUGACUUGAAGUAU